UUUGUCCGACCGGGAAACUUUUUCGAGCCGGAAGUACUCGAAGCUUCUAAGCGUUCAUUCGUAUCUCCAACUUCCUCCCAGAAGGCGAAUCUCCGUUAUUAUAUUUGCCCCUGGUUUGUGGAUUGUCUGGGCUCGGUCGGAUUGCUCCUCUUCUACUCCUCGUCUUCUCUUUUUUCUUUCCUCUCCGCUCCUCCGUUUGAAUCUUCUCCCGGUCAACUAUGAGCGUUACAUCCGCCGCUAUGCCCAAAGCCGCGGCUCUCCCCGGUCAAUUGCUCCGGACGUCGCGACAAUGCACCAAGCAGCCCUCCACCACGAUUUGGUCUUCUCAGCAGACUCGCGGAUAUCAUGUCUCGACUAUGUCGCCUACGGAGCGGCGUCUGCGGAAUGGGGCCGGUCACAAGAAGAACCCGGUUGUCUUCUCCUCCCAGACAUUCCACACCUCGGCUCCUCUCUCCGCGAUGACGGAUCCGUACAAAGUCCUCGGGGUAGACAAGGGCGCCGCCGCCGGUGAUAUCAAGAAGGCUUAUUACGGAAUGGCGAAGAAGUAUCACCCGGAUACCAACAAGGACCCGAAUGCCAAGGAAAAGUUCGCAGAGGCCCAGUCCGCGUAUGAAUUGCUUUCCGACGCCAAAAAGCGAGAGACCUAUGAUCGGUAUGGGUCCGCCGCGUUCGACCAGAAUGGCGGUUUCGACCCCAGUGCCGGGGCGGGUGGUCCGUUCUCCGGUGCGGGCGGCUUCCACGGUUUUGGAGGUGGUUUUGGAGGUGGUGGUUUCGGGGGUGGUGGCUUUGGCGGUGGUGGAUUCUCUGGGGAUAUCAAUUUCGAGGACCUUUUCGGUGCUUUCACAGGCGGCGCUCGUCGUGGCGGUCGUGGCCGGCGUGGCCCGGUCCAGGAAGUCAUGGUGGGUGAGGAUAUUGAGGUCCAGACCAAUAUCUCCUUCAUGGAGGCGGCCAAGGGAACAUCGAAGGAUAUCCCGAUUACACCCCUGACGGAAUGCGGCACGUGCAAGGGCGAUGGUUUGAAGCAGGGUGCCAAGCGCACUCAAUGUCGCCAGUGUAACGGAUCCGGUACCCGUGUGCAUUUCGUGCAGGGUGGAUUCCAGCUGGCCGCCACCUGCGACGCUUGUGGCGGAUCCGGCCUCAGUGUCCCUCGCGGGUCUGAAUGUGGCUCGUGCAACGGCAACGGCGUGGUCCGGGAUCGCAAGACGAUCCAGGUCGACAUCCCUGGUGGUGUCGAGGAUGGCAUGCGACUGAGGGUCAACUCUGAAGGAGACGCUCCGCCCACCGGGACCAACGCUACCCCGGGAGCCCGCACCAAGCGGGGCGAUCUGUACGUCUCGAUCCGCGUCGCUCCCGACCACCGAUUCAGUCGCUCCGGUUCCGAUAUUCUUUACACCGCCUCGGUUCCUCUGACCACUGCGCUGUUGGGUGGUGAGGUCCAAGUGCCUACGCUGGACGGUGAAGUCAAGGUCCGGGUGGCCACGGGCACCGGCACGGGAGAUCGCAUCACCUUGUCGGGCAUGGGGAUGAAGAAGCUCGGCGGCCGCUCGCGCUUCAGCCCGACCGGUGAUCUGAAGGUCGAGUUCAAGGUCGCGAUGCCCAAGUCCUUGACCGGCAACCAGCGGAUGAUCCUCGAAGUGCUUGCGGAUGAGAUGGGCGACAAGACGGCCCGGCGGAUCAUGGAUGUCGGCAAAGAAAGCUCCGAUGCCGAGUCGAGUGGCGCGGCCGACGGCAAGGGCGAGGGAUUCCUCAAGUCCGCCUGGCACAGGCUCAUGAACCAUGCGAAGGCCUCAGAGGCGGACAAGAAGGCCUCGGACAAAUCGCAGUCGGACAACAGCAAGAAGCCGACGGAGGAUGACAAGAAUAUGGUUCAAUCAGCCAUGAUCUCGUGUCCCCUCAAGCAGACCAAUGAAAUCGAUUGGAUCCACCCCCUCAAGGACUACAUCCGCCAGAGCUAUGGCGAAGACCCCGAACGAUACAGUCAAGAAUGCGCAACCCUCAACCGGUUGCGCCAAGAUAUGCGAGGUGCGGGGAAAGACAGUGCGACGGGCCGCGACCUUCUGUAUAGGUACUACGGGCAGCUAGAGCUUUUGGACCUCAGGUUUCCGGUGGAUGAAAACCACAUCAAAAUCUCCUUUACUUGGUACGACGCCUUCACCCACAAGCAGACCUCCCAAUACUCUCUGGCCUUUGAGAAAGCUUCCAUUAUCUUCAACAUCUCCGCCGUCCUCUCCUGCCAUGCAGCGAACCAGAACCGCGCCGACGACACCGGCUUGAAAACGGCCUAUCAUUCGUUCCAAGCUUCCGCCGGAAUGUUCACCUACAUCAACGAGAACUUCCUCCAUGCGCCGUCGACGGAUCUCAAUCGCGACACGGUCAAAACACUGAUCCAUGUCACCCUUGCGCAGGCGCAGGAAGUCUUCCUGGAAAAGCAGACGGCGGACCAGAAGAAAGCGGGUCUCCUCGCCAAGCUCGCCAGCCAGUCCGCGUACCUCUAUACCCAGGCCGUGGAAGGGAUGCAGGAAUAUGCCAAGGGCGUCUUCGAGAAGGUGUGGCUCAUCGUGGUCCAGGCCAAGGCCAGUCACAUGGCGUCGGUUGCGUCCUACUAUCAGGCACUGGCGGACAGUGAGAGCCAGUCGCAUGGUGUGGCCAUCGCUCGACUCCAGUUCGCAGAGAAGAACUCGAACGCCGCGCUGGGAUGGGCCAAGUCAUUCCCCUCGUCGGUCCCGCCCAACUCGAAUCUGAGCUCGGAGUCCGGGGCGAACCUGAACGAUCUCAUCAAGUACCACCUCGCAAAUGUGCAGGCCACGCUCGCUACCUUCGUGAAGGAUAACGACUUCAUCUACCACCAGCCCAUCCCCAAUGAGGCAGGCCUGUCCGCGGUCGCCAAACUCCCCGCGGCCAAGGCGAUCCCGGUCAGCGAGCUCUACCAGGGACAAGACAUCCAACGAAUCAUCGGCCCGGAUAUCUUCCAGAAGCUGGUCCCCAUGUCCGUCACGGAGACGGCCAGUUUGUACGAUGAGGAGAAGGCCAAGUUGAUCCGAGCGGAGACCGAGAAGGUGGAGACGGCCAACGGGGAGAUGGCCGCGAGCCUGGAUUACCUGAAGCUCCCGGGUAGCUUGAAUAUUGUGAAAGGCGGCAUGGACCAAGAGAUGACGGUCGAUGAUGAGUUCCGGCGGUGGUGUCAGGACCUCGCGGGCCACAAAUCUUUCGCCAAGGCGCUGGAUGGGCUGCAGGACCGCAAAGUGGAGAUCCAGGGGCUUCUCGACCAGUGCGCCCUGCAACUGGACAAGGAAGAGAGCGUCUGCGAAAAGAUGCGCUCCAAACAUGGGCCAGAUUGGAGCCAGCAGCCCAGCGCCCGACUCAACACGACGCUGCGUGGUGAUAUCCGGACGUUCCGCGAUACGAUCAACGAGGCCAGCGCCAGCGACUCGCAAUUGCUGGCCACGCUCCGGCAGUACGAGUCGGACUUUGACGAGAUGCGGUCUGCCGGUGAGACGGACGAGGCCGAGGUGCUCUUCCAACGGGCCAUGAUCAAGGUCAGCUCAAAGCACGGCAAGGGUAAGAAUGGCGUUGGCAGCCCUCACUCGUCCACCGCGGAAGGCAAUCUUUUGGACGAUGUAUACGACGAAGGGAGCCUUAGUGUGGCGGAUCAAAUUGCCAAAGUGGAAUCCAUUUUGAAGAAACUGAAUCUGGUCAAGCGGGAGCGUUCUCAAGUUUUGAAGGAUUUGAAAGAAAAGGUCCACAAUGAUGACAUCUCGAAUGUUCUCAUCUUGAACAAGAAGUCAAUCACCGGACAGGAGAGCCAGCUUUUUGAAGCGGAGUUGGAAAAGUUCCGGCCGCAUCAGAAUCGACUGCUCCAGGCCAACCACAAGCAGUCCUCGUUGAUGAAAGAGCUCACCAAGAUCUACGGAGAUCUACUACAAGACAAACGAGUCCGAUCCGAGCAAUCCAAGUACGAGGCCAUCACCCGCCAGCGGAAUUCGGUGAUGGCUCGGUAUAAGAAAGUGUACGACGCAUUCAACGGCCUCCUGUCGGGCGUCGUCCAGGCGCAGACCUUCUAUACCGAGAUGGGCGAGACGGUGGAAAAUCUCCGGAAGAACGUCGACUCCUUCAUAAACAACCGGCGGUCCGAGGGGGCGCAGCUGCUAGCCCAGAUCGAACGCGACAAGGCAGGGGGGGCAGCCAACCAGGAAGACCAAGAACGGGAGAAGCUCCGCCAGCUCAUGGAGCGCCUGUCCACAGAGCCCAAGCCCCCUUCCGCGGGUCCUCCGCCCCCAGUGUCGUCGUACAAGGCGAAAUCGCCCCCUCCCCCGGUCCACGUCCCCAGCUACCCCACGCCGGGGAUCACAUCCCCGAAGAUGUCUCCCGCCUUCCCGCCCAACGUAACCGGGCAACCCCACGGCAUGCCCAUGUCCCACUCCCCCGCGCCCUACGGACAAUACAUGCCCCCAGGGACCGGCGUCUCUUACAUGCCAGGGCAACACUUCCAGCAAGGCGCCGCGGCGCCCCUCUCGGAAGGCUACAACCCAAUGGCAUACCCAUACCCGCCGUCCGCCUCCCCGCCGCCCAACCAGCAAUUCUACUCGUCGACUCCGACCCCUUACAGCGGCUACUCAAACCCGACGCCGCCCACCGCCCCCUCUCAAUUCAUGCCCCAGGGCUACGUCCCGCCGCCCCCGCCCCCACGACCUCAUCAAACCAGCUACCCACCCUCCACGGGACCCUACCCCACGGGUCCGGGCGGCUACGCCCAAAGUCGCCCGUACGGCUCAAGCCAGCACCACAAGGCGCCUUCCCAGUCGUCCCAGCCCCAGGGCCAGGGUCAGGGCCAAGGUGAUCCAUGGGCUGGUCUUAACGCGUGGAAAUGAACAAUCCCUCCCUUUCCUCCCUACCCCGGGAUUGAAGCUGAGAAGUGCAAACUCACGAAACAUGAUAGAACAAUGAAAGACGAUGGGUUGUCGGUUGGUUGGUUGGUUGGUUGGUUGGUUGCAUCCAGGCGUUUCUUGCUGUGUUUUUGUGUUGUUGGCUAGUGUGGAUAUUAUUGAAAAAUUCCAUUAUAUUCUAUUCUGAUUCCAUCUUAUCAUUUCUAUCUUAUCCUAUCCUGCUCUAUCCUAUCCUGCCCUAUCCUAUCCUACCCUACCCUAU